GAGGAAUUCUAAUUCUGGGUCUGGCAGAGCGACAGUUACACUAGUGCCCUGGGGAUGGAUUUCCUCACGAGCACCUGCAGCGUCCUCGAUCUCAACCCCGCGCACCAGGAGCGUUUGUGGCUUUACAGAGAGCCUAAGAGCUUUGACGGAGAUACGAAGCGAAUCUUUGUAGACCUGGAAAUAAACGGCAGAACGGCCAGAGCGUUUCUGGAUACUGGCGCUACCUUGUUGGCUGACUGUUCACGAAAAAAUGCUAUGAAAUUACAACUAAAGGAGGAAAAGCUGAGUGAACCAAUAGUGGCCGUCACGUAUAAAGGGUUGGUUGAGAGGAACUUGGUCGCCAGGGAUGUGUCGGUUAAGGGCCUCGGCAAAGAGAUAUAAGGGAAUUUCAUCCUCUACUCUGAGGAUACUAGGGGCCGAUCAAGACCUCUGUGCAUCGGAAUGCCGUUCAUUUCCGGAGGGACUUUCACGUUUUCUGAAAACGGUGACUGGAAGUUAGACUUCCCCGCCCCAGCGCAGUGAAGCGCUUUCCCCGAUUGUGGCUUUUCUACCGUAGUUUCAAC